GUUGAAUAUCAGUCAAGAUCUCAACGUUAUUGAUUCUGGAUACACGUGUGUCUAUUGGCUGUGUGGAUGUAUUCUUUACAGUCUCAUCGAAUACAGCUGCUGUUUAUUUUUUCUGUCCAUUUUUAUCGAUAAAGCAGUGUACUGUCUCUACAUCAUGAUGAUAACCCACGAAUGCGAACAAAUUUUGUACUUCAUAUUACUAAGGAACGUUUACUUUAGACUUCGGAUUAUCAAAGCUCACGUCCUGAAGGUGUUUUGUGUUGAAAACAGAACUUAUAAUCGGGGGAAGUUGUAUAAAGUUGAAGCGCUGUCGAACAAUGCACGGCUCGAUAUUAGUUCUUUGCACAAGGUCUACGAUUUGCUUCACAAGUGUGCCAACGAACUUAAUUCCAUUAUGAGUUUGCCGCUAUUAAUAAUAGUGCUGUCAGCAGGAUUGUCAACGACUAUGUUAUUGAAGAUGGUGGUGCAAGUUAUACAAACGGUCACAGUCAGCAAUGCUGUAAGUCCUAACAUAACAAUAUUCUCCAAUAGAAUAUAUAAGAAGUUUAUAUUGUUGUUAUAUAUACCUUUUUUUGCAAAUUAACAG